AUGGCGAGCAGAGCACCCAUCAUGCCGCCUCAUAAUGAGACUGAGCACUCAGUCAGCCGGAUCACCCGUGAAGGCAAACAACUCACAUACAAAUUGAGUGUGAUGCAACAACCAGAGCGGGCAAGAGCAUGUGGUGCAGGUGCAAAGUCAUCUGCCGACCGUCGUCCUGUUGACCCACCGCCUGUGGUUGAGCUCCGCAUCUUCGAAUCCGACCCGGCCAACGAUGCCCAAAAGACCGAUAUCACCUUCGCCUACAAUGCCAAUUUCUUCCUCUAUGCAACCCUUGAUACUGCGCGCCCUAUCGCCCACGGGCGGGUGGGUGGACCACAAUCGUGCCCCGUAUUAACUGGCGUGCCAGUCGCCGGUGUUGCAUAUCUUGACCGUCCUUCGCAAGCGGGCUAUUUCAUCUUCCCAGAUCUGUCAGUGCGUCAUGAGGGCCGGUACCGCUUGAACUUCCACCUGUACGAAGAGAUCAAGGACGCCAAGGAUGCCGACAAGGAUUCAACUCUGCCUCUUCCCAACCAGAUCACUACACCGAAUCCUGGCACCCCGCAAGCAUUUCUUCAUUUCCGUCUCGAGGUCAAGUCGGUACCGUUCACAGUUUAUAGCGCCAAGAAGUUCCCUGGCCUGGCGACGAGCACCUCCCUGAGUCGUAUCAUUGCCGAGCAGGGUUGCCGUGUUCGAAUUCGUCGUGAUGUCCGCAUGAGACGCCGCGGCGAGAAGCGAGAUGAGGACUAUGAGUUCGACGAGGAACGUGCGGCUGCAUAUGCAAGAUCGUCAGAUCGUUUCGCGACACCCGACAGAUACGCAGCUUCAAUGGAUCGUCCUAGGUCAAACAGCAAUGGCAGCAAUAUAGAAUCUCCCUAUGGGUUUGUUCCCCCAGAUCGACGACCAUCUGCACCGGACUAUGGCUUCCAGUGCCCACAACCCUACCAAAGACCCAUGCCACCUGCACCCCUGUCACACUCCCAAACACCCUCAUACCAAUCACAUCUUUCAUUUGGUUCCACGCCUUCACAUUAUCCGGCUCCUCACAUGCCCCCUACACCCCCACCGGUUGCACCGCAAGGUGUCUACUCCCCACAACACGCAUAUGCCCAAAUACGACACCCAUCCAACUCGUCCGAAUAUGAAGGAACGCCCAUUGCGUAUCCCAUGGCCCCUCAACCACCUGCCGAACGAGGUGGUUAUCCCAAGUCUGCUGUGAAUUCAUAUCGCAUGGAGCCACCGAAACUAAACUCAUACAUGGAUCCUCGCAUGGCUGAACCAGGUGCAUACCAACCUAUGCCCCAUGCUCCGGUGCCACGUCCUCAAACACCGAAGGCCCAGUCCAAUCCGCCUCUUAUGCCCCUGCCAAGUGAAUAUGGCAACCAGAUUAUUCCUUCUGUGGAAGCCACUUCACCAGGAGGUGGCGGCGGAUACGACAAUGUUCGAGGGAAGCGUAUGGUGUACCAAACUGGACCAGCAUACGGAAAAAGGAAUCAUGAAGAUACUUUCGGCAUAGAUGACCGGCCAAUGCAGAACGGCAUGCGGCCUGAUACAGAGCCUUACCCGAGCGCUUAUCGCGACUUCUCAGGGGAAAGUCGCGCUUCACUCAUGGCUGAAAUGGGUAUUCAGAUGGCAUAUAAGCGUGCCAAUGGCAAAAUGGUCAUGAAAGCUCCCCCGACCACUUAA